AUGGGCUGGCAGAAAACCUUUACGCUUUCACAAAGAUCCAAAGGGUGUCAUCUUGUCACGGAUGAGGUAUACGCCCAGAUCACACCAGGUAUCAAGGACGUGAAGGUUGGGAUGCUCUUCCUCUUCAUUCAACACACGUCAGCCGCGCUAACAAUCAAUGAGAAUUAUGAUCGAGCAGAUAUGGACAUGGCUCUGGAUAAUAUCGUCCCCGAGAGUCUUAACUGGAUGCACACGGACGAAGGCCCAGAUGUAUCUCACACAAAGACAUCCUUGAUCGGUGCUACUAUCUCGAUACCAAUUACCGAUGGUCGUCUGAACCUCGGUACCUGGCAAGGGAUCUACUUAACCGAAUUCAGACACGCAGCACAUUCUAGGCGGAUUGUCGCCACAGUUUUGUAA